UAGCUAAGGAUUAAAGGCUUUGGUGACAAACACCUCAGUGAAGUGGUGAAGCACAGACUAGCUCUCUCCAAUUGUAGCUCUGAGGAGCUGUGUGCUGGAAGAAGAUGGCGGAUCCAGGGAUGAUGAGUCUUUUUGGAGAGGAUGGAAAUAUUUUCAGUGAAGGGCUGGAAGGCCUUGGAGAAUGUGGUUACCCUGAAAAUCCAGUCAAUCCUAUGGGUCAGCAAAUGCCUAUAGACCAAGGUUUUGCCUCUUUACAAUCCUCUCUUCAUCAUCCCCCCACUAAUCAAAAUCAAGCAAAGUUGACCCACUUUGAUCACUAUAAUCAAUAUGAACAGCAAAAAAUGCAUCUGAUGGAUCAGCCUAACAGAAUGAUGAGUAAUGCCCCUGGGAAUGGUAUAGCCUCUCCUCAUUCACAGUAUCACAACCCUCCAGUUCCUCAGGUUCCUCAUGGUGGCAGUAGUGGUGGUCAGAUGGGAGUUUAUCCUGGCAUGCAGAAUGAAAGGCAUGGACAGCCUUUUGUGGACAGUGGCUCUAUGUGGGGACCUCGGGCUGUUCAGGUGCCAGACCAGAUCAGAGCCCCUUACCAGCAACAGCAGCAGCCACCUCAGCCACCACAGAAUCCAUCUGGACCGCCUGGACAGGGUCAUCCUCCACACAUGCAACAGAUGGGAAACUAUAUGGCUCGUGGUGAUUUUUCAAUGCAGCAGCAUGGUCAGCCCCAGCAGAGGAUGAACCAGUUUUCUCAAGGUCAAGAAGGCCUUAAUCAGGGAAAUCCCUUUAUUGCCACCUCAGGACCCGGCCAUUUGUCUCAUGUGCCCCAACAGAAUCCCAGCAUGGCGCCUUCUCUGCGCCACUCAGUCCAACAGUUUCACCACCAUCCCCCCACUGCUCUCCAUGGAGAAUCCGUUGCUCACAGUCCCAGAUUCUCCCCUAAUCCUCCUCAACAAGGGACUGUUAGGCCACAAACCCUUAACUUUAGUUCUCGGAGCCAGACAGUACCCUCCCCUACUAUAAACAACUCAGGGCAGUAUUCUCGAUAUCCUUACAGUAACCUAAAUCAGGGAUUAGUUAACAAUACAGGGAUGAAUCAAAAUUUAGGCCUUACAAACAACACUCCAAUGAAUCCGUCUGUCCCAAGAUACCCCAAUGCUGUAGGAUUUCCAUCAAACAGUGGUCAAGGACUAAUGCACCAGCAGCCCAUUCACCCCAGUGGCUCACUUAACCAAAUGAACACACAAACUAUGCAUCCUUCACAGCCUCAGGGAACUUAUGCCUCUCCACCUCCCAUGUCACCCAUGAAAGCCAUGAGUAAUCCAGCAGGCACCCCUCCUCCUCAGGUCAGGCCUGGGAGUGCUGGAAUACCCAUGGAUGUUGGCAGUUAUCCAAAUAUUCCCCACCCUCAGCCGUCACACCAGCCCCCCGGUACCAUGGGAAUUGGACAGAGGAAUAUGGGCCCCAGAAACAUGCAGCAGUCUCGUCCUUUCAUGGGCAUGUCCUCAGCACCGCGGGAAAUGAGUGGGCACAUGAGACCAAAUGGCUGUCCCGGUGUGGGCCUCGCUGAUCAGCAAGCGAUACAAGACCGAUUGAUACCCGGCCAGCAGCAUCCCGGUCAGCCUCCAUCUUUUCAGCAGUUGCCAACCUGUCCUCCAAUGCAGCCUCACCCAGGGAUGCAUCAUCAGUCUUCACCUCCGCCACAUCCACAUCACCAGCCUUGGGCACAGCUUCACCAGUCACCCCAGAACACCCCUCAGAAAGUGCCUGUCCAUCAACAUUCUCCAUCGGAACCCUUUCUAGAGAAACCGGUGCCAGAGAUGACUCAGGUUAGUGGACCGAAGGCCCAGCUAGUGAAGAGUGAUGAUUACCUGCCAUCUGUGGAGCAACAACCACAACAAAAGAAAAAGAAAAAGAAAAACAAUCAUAUUGUUGCAGAGGAUCCCAGUAAAAGUUUUGGUCAAGAUGACUUCCCAGGUGGGACUGAAAGCCAGGAGCUAACCAGGAACUCAGUAGAUGGGCCCCAGGAAGAGAAAAAGAAAAAGAAAAAACCGAAGGCAAAAAGAGAUCCGAAGGAGUCUAAGGAACCCAAGGAGAAAAAGGAGCCUAAGGAACCCAAGACCCCGAAAACCCCUAAGAUCCCCAAAGAGCCAAAGGAAAAGAAAGCAAAAAAUACCACACCAAAACCCAAGUCUAACAAAAAGACAAGUAAUAAGAAACCAGAUCCUGAAGCAAGUGCUUUGAAGAAAAAGGUCAACAAGGGAAAAACAGAAGGUUCUGAAAACUCAGACUUAGAAAGAACUCCACCACCAUCUCCUCCUCCUGAAGAAGAAGAUGAUCCAGGGGUUCAGAAGAGACGCUCUAGCAGGCAGGUUAAGAGAAAGCGUUAUACUGAAGACCUGGAGUUCAAGAUUUCUGACGAGGAGGCAGAUGAUGCAGAUGCUGCUGGGAGAGACUCCCCUUCAAACACUUCACAGUCCGAGCAGCAGGAAUCUGUAGAUGCAGAGGGUCCUGUAGUAGAGAAAAUCAUGAGUAGUCGAUCAGUCAAAAAGCAGAAGGAGUCUGGAGAGGAGGUGGAAGUAGAGGAAUUCUAUGUGAAAUACAAAAACUUCUCUUACCUUCACUGUCAGUGGGCAUCCUUAGAAGACCUGGACAAAGACAAGAGAAUUCAACAAAAGAUUAAACGAUUUAAGGCAAAGCAGGGCCAGAACAAAUUCCUUUCAGAGAUCGAAGAUGAACUUUUUAAUCCAGAUUAUGUAGAAGUUGAUCGAAUACUGGAUUUUGCACGAAGCACAGAUGAUAAUGGAGAGCCUGUGACUCAUUAUCUGGUGAAAUGGUGUUCACUUCCUUAUGAAGACAGCACUUGGGAGCUAAAGCAGGACAUAGACCAAGCUAAAAUUGAAGAAUUUGAGAAACUAAUGUCCCGGGAGCCAGAAACAGAACGUGUGGAGCGACCUCCUGCUGAUGAUUGGAAGAAAUCAGAGAGUUCCAGGGAGUAUAAAAACAAUAACAAACUCAGGGAAUACCAGUUGGAGGGAGUAAACUGGCUACUUUUCAAUUGGUACAACACGCGAAACUGCAUUUUAGCAGAUGAGAUGGGUUUGGGAAAAACUAUCCAGUCCAUUACAUUUCUCUAUGAGAUAUAUUUGAAAGGAAUACAUGGCCCUUUCCUAGUAAUUGCCCCAUUGUCCACAAUCCCCAACUGGGAAAGGGAAUUCCGUACCUGGACGGAGUUGAAUGUGGUUGUGUACCAUGGGAGUCAAGCUAGUCGCCGGACCAUUCAAUUGUAUGAAAUGUACUUCAAAGAUCCACAGGGUCGAGUUAUAAAGGGGUCAUACAAGUUUCAUGCCAUCAUCACUACAUUUGAGAUGAUCUUGACUGAUUGUCCAGAGCUGCGGAACAUUCCAUGGCGCUGUGUAGUCAUUGAUGAAGCCCAUAGGCUGAAGAAUAGGAAUUGUAAACUGUUGGAGGGACUCAAGAUGAUGGACCUGGAACACAAGGUGCUGCUGACUGGUACUCCGUUACAGAACACAGUGGAAGAGCUCUUUAGCUUGCUUCAUUUCUUAGAACCAACUCGAUUCCCAUCAGAAACCACUUUCAUGCAAGAAUUUGGUGAUCUAAAAACAGAAGAGCAGGUGCAAAAGCUUCAAGCUAUUCUGAAGCCAAUGAUGUUACGACGCCUCAAGGAGGAUGUAGAGAAGAAUUUGGCCCCCAAAGAAGAAACCAUUAUUGAAGUUGAGUUAACCAAUAUUCAAAAGAAAUAUUACCGUGCCAUCCUGGAGAAGAAUUUCACAUUUCUCUCCAAGGGGGGUGGUCAGGCCAAUGUCCCUAACCUUUUAAACACUAUGAUGGAAUUGAGAAAAUGCUGCAAUCAUCCAUACCUUAUCAAUGGUGCUGAAGAGAAAAUUUUGGAAGAGUUUAAAGAAACACACAAUGCAGACUCUCCAGAUUUUCAGCUCCAGGCAAUGAUCCAGGCUGCUGGCAAGCUAGUGCUGAUUGACAAGCUGCUGCCAAAACUGAAGGCUGGUGGCCACAGGGUGCUUAUCUUUUCCCAGAUGGUGCGCUGCUUGGACAUACUGGAAGACUACCUCAUUCAAAGACGGUACCCAUAUGAAAGAAUUGAUGGCCGAGUAAGAGGCAACCUUCGCCAGGCAGCUAUCGACAGAUUUUCUAGGCCUGACUCUGAUAGGUUUGUUUUCCUCCUGUGUACAAGGGCAGGAGGUUUGGGCAUUAAUCUGACUGCUGCUGAUACCUGCAUCAUCUUUGAUUCAGACUGGAAUCCCCAAAAUGAUCUUCAGGCCCAGGCUAGAUGUCACAGAAUAGGACAAAGUAAAUCUGUGAAAAUCUACAGAUUAAUCACAAGAAACUCUUAUGAAAGAGAAAUGUUUGACAAGGCAAGCUUGAAGCUUGGCCUGGAUAAAGCUGUUUUACAAUCCAUGAGUGGAAGAGAAAAUGCUACAAAUGGGGUGCAGCAGCUUUCUAAGAAAGAAAUAGAAGAUCUUCUACGCAAAGGUGCUUAUGGUGCACUUAUGGAUGAAGAAGAUGAAGGGUCUAAAUUCUGUGAAGAAGAUAUUGAUCAAAUCCUUCUGAGGCGGACACACACCAUUACUAUUGAAUCUGAAGGGAAAGGCUCUACAUUUGCUAAGGCUAGUUUUGUUGCAUCUGGAAAUAGAACAGACAUAUCCUUGGAUGAUCCAAAUUUCUGGCAGAAAUGGGCUAAAAAAGCUGAGUUGGACAUUGAUGCUUUAAAUGGACGGAACAACCUGGUUAUUGACACUCCAAGAGUGAGGAAGCAAACUAGACUUUAUAGUGCUGUGAAAGAAGAUGAGCUGAUGGAAUUUUCAGAUUUGGAAAGUGAUUCAGAAGAAAAGCCUAGCACAAAGCCCCGGAGACCUCAGGACAAAUCACAGGGUUAUGCAAGGAGUGAAUGUUUUAGAGUUGAAAAGAAUCUUCUGGUUUAUGGUUGGGGCCGGUGGACUGACAUCCUUUCACAUGGACGUUAUAAACGUCAGCUAACUGAACAAGAUGUGGAAACCAUCUGCCGGACCAUCCUUGUCUACUGUCUCCAUCAUUACAAAGGAGAUGAAAAUAUCAAAAGCUUCAUUUGGGAUCUGAUCACUCCAACAGCUGAUGGCCAGACUCGAGCUUUGGUUAAUCAUUCUGGCUUAUCAGCACCAGUGCCAAGGGGAAGGAAGGGAAAGAAAGUGAAAGCCCAGAGUGCACAGCCAGUGCUGCAAGAUGCUGAUUGGCUGGCAAGCUGCAACCCAGAUGCCUUGUUUCAGGAGGAUAGCUAUAAGAAACAUUUGAAACAUCACUGUAACAAGGUCCUGCUGCGUGUCCGCAUGCUGUACUAUCUAAGACAAGAAGUGAUAGGGGACCAGGCAGAUAAGAUCUUAGAGGGUGCUGACUCAAGCGAAACAGAUGUAUGGAUACCUGAACCUUUCCAUGCUGAAGUUCCUACAGAUUGGUGGGAUAAGGAAGCAGAUAAAUCCCUUUUAAUUGGAGUAUACAAACAUGGCUAUGAGAAGUAUAAUUCUAUGAGAGCUGACCCAGCACUGUGUUUUCUGGAACGGGUUGGCAUGCCUGAUGCCAAGGCCAUAGCUGCUGAGCAAAGAGGAACAGACAUGCUAGCAGAUGGUGGUGAUGGGGGAGAAUUUGACCGAGAAGAUGAAGACCCUGAAUAUAAACCAACCAGAACACCAUUCAAGGAUGAAAUAGAUGAAUUUGCAAACUCACCGCCAGAGGAGAAGGAAGAAUCUAUGGAGAUACACACUACAGGCAAGCACAGUGAAAGUAAUGCCGAGUUAGGCCAACUUUACUGGCCUAACACCUCAACCCUGACUACCCGUCUGCGCCGCCUCAUUACUGCCUAUCAGCGCAGCUAUAAAAGGCAACAAAUGAGGCAAGAGGCACUAAUGAAGACUGACCGACGAAGGCGUCGUCCUCGGGAGGAAGUGAGAGCCCUGGAAGCAGAAAGAGAAGCUAUAAUAUCUGAAAAACGUCAAAAAUGGACAAGAAGAGAAGAAGCAGAUUUUUAUCGUGUAGUUUCUACUUUUGGAAUUAUUUUCGAUCCUAUGAAACAACAGUUUGACUGGAACCAAUUCCGCGCCUUUGCCAGACUUGACAAAAAGUCUGAUGAGAGUUUGGAGAAAUAUUUCAACUGUUUUGUGGCCAUGUGUAGGCGAGUAUGCCGAAUGCCAGCAAAGCCAGAUGAUGAACCACCUGACCUCUCUUCCAUGAUUGAGCCCAUCACCGAAGAGCGUGCCUCUAGAACUUUAUACCGCAUAGAACUGUUAAGGAAAAUACGAGAACAAGUUCUUCAUCACCCUCAGCUGGGAGAGAGGCUAAAACUCUGCCAGCCUAGCUUGGAUUUGCCAGAGUGGUGGGAGUGUGGUAAACAUGACAAAGAUCUAUUGGUUGGUGCUGCUAAACAUGGAGUCAGUAGGACAGAUUAUCAUAUCCUGAAUGAUCCUGAGUUGUCCUUCUUAGAUGCCCAUAAAAACUUUGCUCAAAACAGAGGGACAAGUAAUGUGUCUUCCCUCAAUCCACUGGCUGCUGGAUUUAGUCAGACUCCACAAGUCAUCUCAUCAACUCAUAUCCAAGAUGAAAAGACUACAGAACCAACUGAAGUCAAAGUGGAAGAGUCUGAGCAUUUAGUGGCCAAAGAAAAACAAGAGGUUGAGGAAGGGGAAGCUAAUGCUGGAGAAAAAGAUGUUAAGCAGGAAUGUGAGGCUGAGGCAUCUGUUAAAAGUGAAAUGAAGGAUAUAGAAAUUACUGCAGAUGCAGAUCCAAAGUCUAUUUCAGAAAAAGGUUCUGAAGAAGAUGAAGAGGAAAAGCUCGAUGAUGAUGAUAAAUCAGAAGAGUCUUCCCAACCUGAAGCAGGAACUGCUUCUCAGGGGAAGAAUUUUGAUGAAGAAAGCAAUGCGUCCAUGAGCACUGCCCGGGAUGAGACCCGGGAUGGAUUUUACAUGGAGGAUGGAGAUCCCUCUGUAGCUCAGCUCCUUCAUGAGAGAACUUUUGCUUUUUCUUUUUGGCCUAAGGAUCGUGUAAUGAUAAACCGAUUAGAUAACAUCUGUGAAGCAGUGUUGAAAGGGAAGUGGCCAGUAAACAGACGCCAGAUGUUUGAUUUCCAGGGACUUAUGCCUGGUUAUGCACCAACAGCUGUGGACAGCCCCCUACAGAAAAGGACCUUUACAGAGCUUUCAAUGAUUGGUCAAGCUAGCAUCAGUGGUAGUGAGGACAUUGCUGCUUCUCCACAAUUAUCAAAGGAAGAUGCACUCAACCUAUCAGUCCCUCGUCAGAGGAGGAGGAGGAGGAGAAAAAUAGAGAUUGAGGCUGAAAGAGCUGCCAAGCGACGGAAUCUCAUGGAGAUGGUGGCUCAGCUGCGGGAGUCUCAGGUGGUCUCAGAAAAUGGACAAGAAAAAGUUGUAGAUUUAUCAAAGGCCUCACGAGAGGCAACAAGUUCUACCUCAAAUUUUUCAUCUGUUACUUCAAAGUUUAUCUUGCCUAAUGUCUCCACACCCGUGUCUGAUGCCUUUAAAACUCAAAUGGAACUGCUACAGGCAGGUCUCUCACGCACACCUACAAGGCAUCUGCUUAAUGGCUCCUUAAUGGAUGGAGAACCUCCCAUGAAGAGGAGGCGAGGAAGGAGGAAAAAUGUAGAAGGGCUUGAUCUGCUUUUCAUGAGCAACAAACGGACAUCAUUGAGUGUAGAGGAUGCUGAGGUGACCAAAGCUUUUGAAGAAGAUAUAGAGACCCCACCAACAAGGAACAUUCCCUCUCCUGGACAGCUGGACCCAGAUACUCGCAUCCCAGUCAUAAACCUAGAAGAUGGGACCAGAUUGGUUGGGGAAGAUGCCCCUAAAAACAAGGAUUUAGUUGAAUGGCUUAAACUACAUCCUACCUACACUGUUGAUAUGCCAAGUUAUGUACCAAAGAGUGCAGAUGUGCUGUUUUCCCCAUUUCAAAAACCGAAGCAGAAACGACAUAGAUGUCGAAACCCUAAUAAAUUGGAUAUCAACACCUUGACAGGAGAAGAAAGAGUACCUGUUGUAAAUAAACGAAAUGGAAAGAAGAUGGGUGGGGCUAUGGCUCCUCCAAUGAAGGACUUGCCCAGGUGGUUAGAGGAAAAUCCUGAGUUUGCCGUGGCUCCUGAUUGGACUGACAUAGUCAAGCAAUCUGGAUUUGUUCCAGAGUCCAUGUUUGACCGUCUCCUCACCGGGCCUGUUGUGAGGGAAGAGGGGGCCAGCAGAAGAGGGAGGAGGCCAAAAAGUGAAAUUGCCAAAGCAGCUGCGGCCGCUGCCGCCGCCGCCGCCUCCACAUCAGGCAUCAACCCACUGUUGAUGAAUAGCCUGUUUGCUGGGAUGGAUCUCACGAGCCUUCAGAGUCUACAGAAUCUACAGUCUCUACAACUAGCAGGUCUCAUGGGCUUCCCUCCAGGACUUGCAACAGCUGCUGCUGCUGCUGCUGCUGCUGGAGGCGAUUCUAAGAAUCCUGCUGCCAUGCUCCCUCUCGUGUUGCCAGGGAUGGCCGGAUUGCCCAACAUGUUUGGACUUGGUGGGCUGUUAAAUAACCCACUCUCAGCUGCUUCUGGAAACACCACUACUGCUUCCAGUCAAGGAGAACCUGAAGAUGGCACUUCAAAAGUGGAAGAGAAGGGAAAUGAGAAUGAAGAAGAGAACAAAGACUCUGAGAAAAGCACAGACACUGUUUCUGCUACUGACUCUGCAAAUGGAUCUGUCAGUGCUGCUACCGCCACCGCUGGAUUGCCCUCAAACCCUCUAGCCUUCAAUCCUUUCUUGCUGUCCACCAUGGCUCCAGGCCUCUUCUACCCAUCCAUGUUUCUACCUCCAGGACUGGGAGGAUUGACACUGCCUGGUUUCCCAGCAUUAGCAGGACUUCAGAAUGCAGUGGGUUCCAGUGAUGAGAAGGCUGCUGACAAAGCUGAGGGAGCUCCCUUUAAAGAUGAAGAACACCUAGAAGGCAGCGAUGCCGAAGAGAGCCUAGAUAAGACUGCAGAUUCCUCCAUUUUAGAAGAUGAAAUAGCACAGGGUGAAGAACUAGACUCACUUGAUGGGGGGGAUGAAAUAGAAAACAAUGAAAAUGAUGAAUAACCAGUACCAGUUACAGUUAAAGUGUUUAAAACUU